AUGGACAAAGGUCUAGGAGAAUCAGGGGACGCAAGUGUUAAUCAAUCGGUACAGCUUCCAGGUGCAACUAGCUCUAAUGGGCCAAUAAUCUCCCAAACAAUGAAUAGUCGUCCUUUGCAACGGACUUCAAUUGCCACCAUUAAUCAGAAAACCACUGUACCCUAUGAGGGCUGGUUUUAUUCGAGCAAUUCCAGAAAUCUAGGACAUGACACCUCUCUUGAACAUAGUCAUUAUCACCAUUAUAGCAAUUCUGGCGGAUGUGAUGGUGAACGCGGACGGCUCUUUACUAAAAGAAAACUGCCUAAUAAUGAAUGCAUGAGUUCCCAGCUGGCUUUCGAAGAAAAGUUUGGUUUUGGUUUUGCCAAGUUUUCGAUGAACCCUUCCCAUAAGUAAAGCCAGAAAAUGGGUCCAAAUGAAGGAAGUAUGGAAGGGCAUGUGGCGAGAAAAUUUGAUUCUUGGCUUUCCUCUUCUCCAUACCGAAUCUGGGUUACCAAAGUUAAAGACGAGAACCCUUACGCUGUCUGUAAAUAUGAUGAUUGUGGGCAAAAUUCUUUUUUCAAGGCAAUCCGACGUCAUCAAAUAUUGCCAAACAUCUCAGACGUCAGCAUAGCGAUGACUUUGCAUUGUUCACCAAAGGUUUGAGCGGAAAGCAGAGAACUCUGGAAGCAUUUUCCACAGUUCUUUCGACCUCUUCAAAGCCCAUUCUUCUGACAAAGAGAUUCGGUGAAUUUUUAGCUCUCUAUAAGUCUGAGCUGAUCCAACUCCAUGCUUUUAUUGAGAAUUUUGUCCCGUUUCAUUUGGUUGAGGCACCUGCCAUGAGAUCGUUUCUACGAAGUCUCAAUACAUCUAACCGGCCUAUCAUGUUAUCGCGUAGCGGGUUUGUCAGACUUCUGAACGACUAUGAUUACGAAUUCAGCAAAGUAUUGAAGUCUACUUUGCGAAACUCUUUCAACUUCAAGCUGCUAAUGAACAUGUGGACGUCCUCGAGCCAAAAGAGCUAUUUAGCCGUUAUGAUAUCAUUCUGCCUUAACUUGAAAAACAAGUCGCACUUGGAGAGGGAUGACUUGGUCACUCAAGGAAAUCGGAACACUCACGUCCUAGAUUUCAUAGACUUGAGUGAUCAACGGCACACAGAUAAAAACCUCGAGGCUGCCUUAUUGGCAUGUCUCACCAAAUAUUCAAUCAGUCACAAAAUUAGCCGCAUCACCCUGGACAAUGGGUCGAACAAUAUCUCAGUGUUUGACAGCCUCGAUGAGGCUCUUGACUAAGAAUUCGGCGCUGCUGAAUCUAGAAAAAUUACCAAGAUACGGUGUUUGAACCAUGUUUUGAAUCGCGUUUUUAUUAAUUUAUUCAAAGCCUUUGAGAUGCAUCACUCUAGCCUUCUCUCAAGAAUCGACAAGAUCUCAUACUAUACCAACAGCAAUAUUUUUGUUAAGGAAAAACUUAGAGCCUACCUUCCCUGCUCUAUUCCAAAGUAUACAGCCACAAGGUUCCUUUCACGCUAUCGCCAGCUCCAAACCUUCCUUAAAGUAUCCAAACAAGUUACGAGGUUUUACUUAAAAAAUCGGCUCCUGCCGGAAUUUUAAUUGGAGCCAGAAGAUGGCCCUGUGUUCUGACACAACAAAGAAGAAAUAGAAUCUGUGACGUUUUUCAUUCGCAUAACGCGCGUGUUCAAAGAGUUCACCAUGCUUCUCCAGAAUGACUCGACCAACGCCGUUAUAAUUGGAAUCGACUACCACAGAGCUAUAAAUCGGUACUAUGAAGUUAUUAAAGCUACGCAAAAUGGCUCAAUAGAUGUGGAGACACUACAGGGGGUUGGAUUUAAGCCCACCGACUUACCUCCCGACGAAACAAUGAAUAAAAUACUUGACGCAGUGGCUAGCUCGCGUCUCAAAUUCGAGAAAUACCAGACUAUCGCCUACAAGGAAACUGGAUAUUGGGUUGCUGACAUACUGCAGCCACAUCGCAAGCUGGACCUGCUUAACGCAGCUUUCGAUAAAACCUUACGAGACGAAGUUGUGAAAACAACUGAACGUUACGUAACGAGUUAUUGUAAACAAUUUGCUGAGGGUCUCGAAGAUGGUUCUAGGACUGAAGAUCAAGUGACCCCCAAUGGAUUCAUUUCGGGACAUCAUAGACGAAACGUCACAACAAUACUUCUCGACCACGGCGAGCAGCAAAUGAGACUAGUGGGAACCUCUGCAGUUUUGAGAGAGUGAGAGGUUUAUCUGACAGAGCCAUCUGAGGAAAGUGCAACAUUUUUGGACUAUUGGAGAAAGAACCAGAGCCGAUUUCCCGCAAUUUGCUCACUGGCCCUCUCUUUUUACAACACAAAAUUAUUGACUGCUGACGUUGAGAGAUGUUUCUCCAUCAGCAAGAGAGUUCUGGAUAGCAAAUUCUCGCUGUCAAGCUCGAACUUGAGAUACGCGAUGGUGUUGAGAAACCGAAUGAAGUGAUUU